GACAGUUUGAUAACCAAAUAUAUUUUCCACAAUAUCUCUCAUGAAUAAAAAAUUAGUCGGAAUACCUGUGCUGAGUUGAUAUAGCCAGCAGUUAUUGGCGUCAGUUACAGUCAUCAUCUCAACAAUGGCAAGCAAGCGAUGGGAGGACGAUAUCGCAUACGCGAUGACUCCUAUCAAAUUGGUUACUUGGCCCAUUGGUGUUUGGCCGCUGCAAGUCUAUAACUUUUAUUCGCUAUUACGCAGUAUCGUGAGCGUCUUUCUUUCGGCCACAGUGAUGUUUUUACCUCCUAUUGAGAUAUAUAUGGGCUGUGCUAAUGCAGAAAGGACUGUAGACUGCCUCAUGUUAAGCUUUAGCGGAUUACUUGCUGUGCUGAAGAUAACAUUUUACCGCAUAUAUGCGAACAACUUAAUUAACAAUUACAAAUCUGCUGUAAACGAUUAUAUGACGAUUGACAAUGCAAAAGAACGCGAUAUUAUGCGAAAACAUGUUUUCCUAUCAAGGAUUGCUUCAUUUCCUCUACUGUUCUGUUCUUAUUAUUCUUGUAUAGCGUAUACAUUAGUACCUUUUAUGAAUCAUGGCGAAAUAAAUCAAAAUGUAACGGAUGAAAAUAUAAUGUUGGAAUAUCCAGUGCCAUCAAAAUGUGCUAUGAAAUACUUUCAUGUUCCAAUAAGCAUGCAUAAAAUAUUUGUUAUCAUACAAGGAAUUGCAUUGGUAGCAGUGACUAAUGCUAAUAAAGGUAAUGACGCACUAUUUAUCAACAUUACAUUACAUGUUUGUGGCCAAAUGAAAAUUCUAAGGUCCCAUUUCGCCAAUUUAGAUGUUACAAGUCCCCAAAUAUAUGAUAAUUUCAAGAAACUUAUACAGAGACAUAUUUACUUGAUAGGAUUGAUCAGAAAAAUUAUCGAUGUUAUAAAUUAUACUUUGUUACUAGAGCUCUUAAUUACUAGCAUAUGUUUAUGCACAAUGGGAUUUCAAUUCCUUAUAGCAAUGAAAGAAAAAGAUACUGCUAAGAUGGGACAAAGCUUAAUGAUACAAAUUGUUUAUUUGGUAUCACUAACAGGAUACAGCUUUAUCGGUAGAUAUAUAAAAUCCCAAAUGGAAGACAUAGGGUACUCCAUUUAUCAAAUUGCCUGGUAUGAAUUUCCUAUGAAACUGAUGAGAAAUCUAGUCUUCAUCUUUAUGCAAGCAGAAGGUCCAGCCAUGCUUCAAGCUGGAAAUUUUGUUGUGUAUAUCAACUGUAAUGACGUACAAUAUAAAGAAAAGAAUGGGUUACGCAUUAUGCAUUUUCACUUUGGACAAUUUAAAACUAUAAUAUUUAAUUGAACGAAUACCGAGAUGAAACAAAAUGUAGUAAAUGCGUAUGAAUAAAACGCAAACGGUCUUUUGUAACAUUUUAUAUAUGU